UGCAGUCUAGGAAUUUGUUAAGAGAGGUUGUAAACACACCUCCUUGUCCAUGACAUAGUUCGCUGUUUUGUUUUGUAGAAGAAUAAUCAAUGCUGACAGCUAAUUGUAAAAAGAAGUCGAAGGAACGGUGAGACAAUCAGCUAAAAACGGAGCCUUUGGAAAAGAUUUCUUUUUUAAUGUGUUUUUUUUUGUUAAUUUACAUUGUGGUAAGUAUUCAUAUUACUUUAUCUAGAUUUCGUUUCUUCUGUUACAGAUUUAAUAUUUGCUAGCAGCUAAAAUAUACGAUCGGAACAUUUGUCAAAUUGUGUGUGUAAAAAAAGAGAAAAUAAAGUUUUAAUGUAAUGGACGUUAUAUUUUUGGACGCUGAAGCUGAACUCAGUUUUCUAUUUUAAUAUAUUUUGGAGGUUUUGAUCCGUGAAGCUCUUUAGAGCUGAUUCACACAUCAAUGAAACCACACUUCCGAACAGUAGACAGUUAUGUUGUCCAUAUAAUAUCUAUUUUUUUAAUUAUAGCUUUUAUUUUUAUACCGUUUGCAUUGAUUUUGUAAAUCUACCUUCGAACUUAUUAGAUUUUUGGGUCAAAAUCUUUCACUCAACAUAUCUAGUCUGGGUUCUGCUAUAUGGGAAUUGAAUCACUGAGGUUAUACCAGAAUUCAUACUGAACUGAGCGCAUUCAACGUUAUGGUGGUUUAAUUAACGUUUACCUUUCUUAAAUUGACAGCUUUGUUACAACAGCUGACUGCCAACCAAUGGAUGCAAAGAACAGUCGCUAUUUAUUGACCAAAUUCCUGGGUUGAAUCAAAGACUUGACUUUCAGCCAAUAGUAACCUAUUAGUCUAUUAAUAGUGAAUAGUAAACAUGUAUCUAUAUAAAUUCUAAACUGGGAUUAAAUUCUAAAUAAUAUUAAUGCCAGGCGUAAAGAGUUGUUUUCAGAACUUUUUCGCUGAGUGGCAAGUCUUCCAUAAAUUACAAAAAAGUUAAAUAAAAAAAAACUAUUGACCACAACUUAGUGCUAUGAUCUCUACUCUAUACAGUAUUAUGGUCUCUUCGAAGAACGGAGAACCCAAAAUUAACAAAACCCACACUGCCACCAAAGCUAUUUCAUCUAUAACCCUCACUCUGUUCAAGUGUUGUAAUAAUUUCAUUGUUUCAGCACGACCUUAUUUUGCAACGCUAAGAGGAGACACCAUAAUUCAACUUUGAACUGUGACCACAUCUCCUUAUAAUGAGCCAGAAAGCUGGACCAAGGCCCAGUCGAGAUUUCAAGAAUGUAGCGACAACCCAAGAGGAAGAAGAUGCCUAUGACUUUCUUAAGCACAGGACUCAUGUCAAACUUACCAGCGUAUUUGGCUCCGUGGCCCAUAUUGUUAAGGGUGCUUUGGGAGGCGGAAUCCUUAGCGGUCACGUGGCGUACAUGAAAGCUGGAGUAGGCGUCGCGGUACCACUCAAUGUCAUUUUUGGUGCUUACAUGGCGUACUGUCUACAUCUACUAGUAUGGUCAUCCCAAGUACUUUACAAACGGACAAGAAUACCGAGUAUGUCAUAUUCGGAUGUGGGUGAAGCAGCAAUGAUGUGCAGUAGAUUUCCAACUCUUAAGAAAGUAGCCAGGUUUUUCAGGUAUACGAUAGACGGAAUUAUAUGUCUAGAUCUGUUUGGUUCAUGUUGUUGCUAUCUGAUUAUAAUAUCGAAACAACUUAAGCAGCUCGUCGAAGAUACCCAUGCCUCUUCUUUUGAAGGGUCUUUCCCAGGGUACCCGGGCCUAAGAGUAUACAUGGGUUGUAUGAUUCCGCUGAUUGUCGUCAUUUGUAUGAUUAGGCAUUUGAAAUAUUUGGCUCCUUUUUCAAUUGGGGCGAACAUUGUCAUCGUAUUCUGUAUUAUGCUGGCCGUCUACUAUGCUUUUGAUUACAACCCUGCUUUCGAAAACAUGACAUUGGCAACGACAGCGUAUAACACAUUCGAGUUUAUCGGGAUGACAGUGUUUAGUAUGUCGUGUGCCGGUGUCGUUAUCGCUAUUGAAAACAACAUGCGAGAGCCCUACAGAUUCCCACAGACUUUGUUUAUUGGGAUGUCAUUGAUCGUCCUUUGCACCUUCCUUGUGUCAUUCUUCGGUUAUGCCGCAUUCUUGGAGAAAUGUGAAUCGCCUAUUACGAUCAACUUUCCCAUGAGCUUGUCGGACAAAUUCUUGAAAGCUGCCAUUGCUCUUAUGAUCUACGUGACUUUCGCUCUAAACUUCUUUGUACCGUUUAAUCUGUGCUUCUAUUACCUGAAGCAGAGACACCCUGUACCAAAGAGGCCGCAAUGGGAGCUUGUUUACCGAGCGAUAUUCGUUUGUGGGAUCGGUACUAUUGCGAUUGUAUUCCCAGAAAUUAACGCCAUCAUGGGAUUUCUGGGAACCUUCUGCCUGUCAAACAUGGCCUUCAUUUGGCCUAAUGUCAUCAAUCUCUUGGUAAUCUGGGACAGGCCUGGACUGGGCCACAUGAAUUGGAGAUUCUGGAGAGCGAUAGUUCUUAUAUGCAUUGGGAUCUUCAUCUUUAUCUGCGGAAGUCUCGUCAAUGCUAUGGAAUUGGUUAGCGUGUUUAUUGAAAUGAACCUUUAAAUAUGAAUCUGCGGAAUUGAUUGCUAGACAAUCGCGAGCUUACUAAACCUGCUAAACGCAAAACUAGAUACACUUCACAUUAAAUUAUUAGUUUCUUGUUAUGAAAUUAUUUUACAGCUCCUUAUAUUUAGGCCUUUUCUAUCGAACCAAAACCUACUUUUUUUAUUUUUCCUGUUAAAUUAAUAAUUACUCUUGAGUAUUAUUUUUGUACU